AUGUCUUUGUCUGCUUUUCUGAUGCAUUCAGUGCAAUGUACUGCUAUUGCUGCCGUUCGAGUUGGUCAUCUUCUGUUAGGAUUCGCCCAGCUCUUACCUUUUUACUUUCGUUUUUCCCCGUUUUGGCGUUUUGUUUUCAUCCGCGUUUAUUUAUUCCCCGUUAGUCCGGUCGGGUUUUUGUUCUUGUUAGUGUUUGCGUUGGUUUUUCCUGUUUGGCUCCCUUCUCCCCCUAGCGGCUUGGAGCGGUACUGUUCCCGGAGUUCGCUGCGGAAGCCAGCCAAUAGAUCGCUGGAGGGCGGACUCUACUCACCUGUGCCUCGUUUACCACCUCAUCAACCACUGCAUAUAAACGCCGGCUUUUCCUCUGCUCUUCGCCAGAUUGUCUGCUUGCCACCGCGCCCAGCGAUCCCCACACCACCUGGCUUCCCGGCUUACCUAUCGUCUCCUGGAUUUGGCUCCUUCGCUCCUUGUGUCCUGGUUCCACUCCUACCUGCCUCUUCGUGUUCCUCCAGACCCUGGACUGCUUGGGACACCUUCCUGCACACCCGGAUGAACACCACGGCUCCCCCUGUUCACCUCUCAGACACCCUGCGCCUUCUACCAUCAGUACCGCCCCAGCCGCUUCCCCAGUGUUCUCCGUUGUUUGGUUCAUUUAGUAUUAUCUUUCGUUUUGUUAAUUCCAAUAAAAGCCCCAUUACCUACUUGUGGUUCUGA